AUUCACAAAUGCCGUUAUGCUAAUUAAAAUCGCUUCUUUCCAUUUUUGAAAAUGAGGUCAAACAAUAUAUCAGAACUAUUGAACAUUUCAAGCUAUUAAAACAUGCUCUUUAUGUUAUUUAUGUAAUGUUAUGGUGAUGUAUUGUCUCAAUGUUUGUAACCCCCUGGCGGACAUUAUACCACAAUGUAUGCUGUGUUUGUACUGUUAUGUAUUCUGAAUCUCAAUAAGGAUCUAUUUUAAAAAAAAUAAUCCCUUCAAACCGGAAAGAAAAGUUUGGUCCUGAUCGGUGACUGCUGCCACCUACAGGUCAAGAAUCAAACAGCACCUUGGGGUUUUUCAUUGUGUUUGGUAUCCAGCGUGUCUGUGCGGUUUUCCCCCGCAGGUCCCGCGGCUCCCAGAGGGAAACAUGGCCUCCAUCAGAGAGCGAGCUGCGGCCCUGAAGCUGCCAGAGAAGCUGCGGGCUUUUUCUCCUCCAGCUGCUGGAGUGAAAGCAGCGCAGUCGUCUUCCAUCUGGAGCGACCUUAUCGCCCACCUGAGGUCAAAGGUGACGGUGAAGCGCCGACUGGUCCAGUUCAAGGCCCACAGCGACUGCUUCGUAGGCUCCGAGGCCGUGGACGUCCUGCUGCGGCACGCCGCCAACGCUAACGGCCUGCAGGGUGGCGCCGUCUCCAGAGAGCAGGUGGUGUGUGUCUGCCAGGCUCUGCUGCAGAGCGGUGCGUUGGAGGCCGUGGGAACCAGAAACAGGAGGCAGGAUGCAUUUGAGGACAGUGGGAGCGCUCUGUACCGGUUCGCCGAGUGGCGCCGUCCUGCCGUAGAGGAGCUGGAGCGACGCGCUGCUCUGGUGCAGCAGCUCUUCCUCGGCGCUCCUCUUCGGCCUGAAGAGCCGGCCGGGUCCGCUGGGUCGGAGGGGCCGGUGGGCAGUCCCAGCAGGGGGCGCCAGACGGACGCAGCGCUGCCUCAGUCCCUGAUCAACGAGGUGUGGCAGGAGCAGACGCUGCUCAGGCUGCUCAACCUGGUGGAGCUCCCCCUGCUGGAAGGAGUCCUGCAGUGCAGCCAGAGCCCGACCUCUGACCCCUCAGCCGACCUGCUGCCUCACCGUAACCCUGACCUGAUCAGCAACAGCCUGGACAGACGGAUCCUCCAGGCCUUCAGGGACUCCCAGGAAGAUAAUUGGCUGACCAGCGGUUUGGACUGUCUGGACUUCCUGCCUGACCAGCAGGUGGCGGUGCUGAGCAGAGAGCUGCCGCGCUGCAGUGACCCAGAACCACCACAUGGGGGCGCUGUUCAAGAUGGAGGGCCCAGCAGUGAGGACGAUCUACCGGAUCGGCCCCCAACCCCGGGGCAGCUGCUGCUGUUCGGCUCUCUGGUCAGGCAUUACGGCAGCCGGCCGCCUCUGCUGCCUCCCAACAUGGCGGCCGUGUACACGGCCGUGGCCGAGCUGCUGGAGAACGGCCAGCUGGAAAAGGCACUGGAGGCUCUGCAGCUGUGUCUGAAGCUGCUGCCCCCUGGCUGCCGGGAGGAGCUGCGCAAGGUGCUGACCUUCAUGGCUGCUGCGGCUGAACCGCGAGCGCCGAAGCUGGACAAGGAGGUGGAGAACAGAGCGGCGGUGAUGAAGGCGUUCUCCAAGGCCAUUCUUCACAGCAGGAGCUUCCCGAAGGAGAAGCAGGACCUGAUACUCAACUUCCUGCUCAGCAACAGACAGGAAGUCUUUAAGAUUCCAGGAUCUCUGCACAAAACCAUCAGUGAGAAGCUGGCGGGGCUCGCUCAGACCGAUGCUCCAGGUCCGCCGGCCUCCAGCCAGGCUCCUGCUGACGCAGCGAAGCUCGGCACCCAGCAGGCUCUGUUGGAGCUGCUGAGCAGCAUCAACCUGGACCGCAGCAUGGCGGCGAAGGAGAGGAGGCGUCUCCUCAGGCAGUUCUGCUCUGCCCAUCCAGAGAUCUUCCACCAAUACUUCGGCGACUCCGCUGCCUCUCAGAUCUAGGCAAACUUUUGAUUUUCUGCUUUUGAACAGUUUCUCCUUGUUUUCACUGUUUUUUUAUGCAGUUUCUGCUUCUUGUAUUUUCCACGCAUGUUUGCUUGUUGACUUGCUUUAUUUUCUAAGAUGAUUAAAUAAACCUUAUUGAUUUCCACAAAGAAUAUUCCACAGUAGCAUCUCCUGGAUGUAGCCAUCAGGUUUUUGCUAGCUCUGCUAAUCCAGCUCCUUUGCUUUUGCCGCUCUCUCCUAUCUGUGCUCUGCAUCAUGAAGCCUCUAUUUUUCCAGGAUUCAUUCAGGUUUCCCAGUAAAAUUCAAGGACUUUCAAGGCAAGUUUUGAAAUUUUUCCAGCAGAUCGGAGAUAAAAACAAUACAUAUUAAAGCUGCAAGCGGCGUUGGAGGCCCUCAGCGCAGUUCCGGCCUCGCGGUGACCGCGGGGGCUCCAGCAACGCCACCUGUUUGCUGAUGCUUGCACCUUCCCUCACCUGUCCGCCAAGCGAUACACACUGAUGUCUUCAGCAGCACUCCCUGACGACGCACAAGCGUAGUGGGGUUGAAUUUCAAUUUCAAGCUAUUGGGCUCUUUAGAGGUUAACAAAGGUCAAUCCUAACACGUUUAGUGCAAAUAAAAUGAUGCGUGUAUGAUUUACAGCAGUGUUUCUCAAACUGUGGUCCCUGGACCAUUUGUGGUGCGAGGGCUCCCCCUAGUGGAAAGAAAACAACUCCAGCACUACUUGUACGAUCAGAGGAAGAUAAGUUAUAGCGACUGGAUUCCUUUGAAUGUUUAGUGGUAGGAAUCGUUCCAGUUAGUCAUAGAACAUAGGAUCGCCAGGCAUCCAACCAGGAUCGUUCAUGCCAAGUUUGGUUUCAUUUGUUUUGGCGAGUACGCCAAG